AAGUGCCCGGAUCUUGUCGUCCGUACCGAGUCUGAACGCAGUCUGCAGACGCGGAGAGUUUGUGGAAAACACUUCUUUGAUUCCGUGUUUUUAUAAACUGUUCUCAGCGCGGCUGUAGGUCUGAGCCCUAUUGCAGGUUGAAGUUUCUUACUCUCUUCUCAAAGCAUGGCAGACCCGGCCCGUGUGAAACCCAUCGCGGUGGUCAGCGAAGCGCCUGCAGAGAGACCCAAACCGAGCGAGGGGUCCCGGGACGCUCCGGGGAGCAGCAGUAAAGUCUCUGAACUCACAACUGUCCAGACCACUGCCAAAGAGCAGGGCAAAGUGAGGUCUGCUGAAGAUGAUGCAGCUGGUGAGGAAGAAGGAUCUUCAUCACUUCAUCCUCCUCCUGCUAAAAAACUGAAAGUGGAGCAUGACAAGAAGAAGGAGAAACGCCAUAAAGUUGAUGAAGAUGAAAUACAAAAGAUGCAAGUCUUAGUAUCCUCAUUCUCUGAAGAGCAGCUGAAUCGCUAUGAGAUGUACAGACGCGCUGCUUUCCCAAAGGCAGCGAUUAAAAGACUGAUUCAGUCCAUCACAGGAUCCUCGGUCUCUCAGAAUGUGGUCAUCGCCAUGUCAGGGAUUGCGAAGGUGUUUGCUGGGGAGAUUGUUGAGGAAGCUCUCGAUGUGUGUGAGAAGUGGGGAGACACACCACCCCUGCAGCCCAAACACAUGAGAGAAGCUGUCCGGAGACUGAAGAGCCGAGAGCAAAUUCCCAACACCAAACACAAAAAAAUCCUCUUCCACUGAGCUCCAGUCCCUCUCGUGACUCUCCUUCUAUUAGAAAAGACUCUCUGUUAGUAUUUCUGUGGGGGAAUGGACACUACCAGGUAUCUGAUGUGUUUGGAGUGCACUGUUGUUAUCUUGGGUAAUAGAGGAUGUGGUUUAUCUCUUGUUUUGUCCACGGUCUGUCCUCUGGAGCAUGUGACGAAAUAAAACAAAAACAAAUGAAUGUUAAUGAAGACUUUUAGGAUGAUAAAUAUUGUACGAUUCCUAGCUGUCACUCAGAAGUAAGCCAUUGAGAUGUCUGUUGACUCGUUUUUUAAAUGUUACGUAAUAUUUGUUGUGUUUUGAGAAAUGCAUGCAUGUGCAUGGAUGUUUUGUGUAUGGAAAUGAUAUAAAAAUGUAAUCUUUGGAGUUGAGGGGGGAAAAGAAAUAGAAAAAAUAAAUAUUUCGAUGAACCCAGA